AUGGAGAACAACGGAAAGGUUCAUAAAAGGAACAGAAUAUCUUUUUCUUGCAUUUCUUGCCGUAAAAGGAAAAGUAAAUGUGACAAGCUUAAACCAACCUGUACAAAAUGCAAUCAAUUGAAUGUGCCUUGCGUUUAUGACGCAGAGCAUCAACCUGCACCACGAAAGCCAACUAAAGGAGCAGAGCUUAUACAUGAAUUACAAAAAGAGCUGGACUAUUGGAAAACAAGGGCUCAAGAGGUAGGUACAACUGAGAAAUUGCCAGUAUUAAGUAAAAACGAAUUUAUCUGGAAUUCGGCAUUUGCACCCGAAAUUCUAGAUCUACCGAUCAACAUAUGCACUUUUCAUGAUAAACUCAUAAUACACAAGCAAAUGAAAUAUUACCACAAGCCCUUCUCGACUCUAGCGCUUUUACAGAGAGACCCAUUCCUUAAUAUUUUAACAGGAUCGCUAUAUGGAUCAACCUUCACGGAUUUACAUAUUAAAUCUAAGAUACGACAGACAGGGGUGAUUUUACAAGAACCAGAAUCUGUUGAGAAACCUGUCCAUACGUUUCUUGAAAAAAUCAUCAGUAAAACACUAACUGAGAGGAAAAAGAUAACCAAUACUACUGAUCCUACCAUAUUAUUCGCAAGCUCUUUCAUUCUAGAAGAUUGUGCUGAGGAAGACUAUCCACCCGUUCUUCGUUUGCUGAUCGAUGAAAUAGAACAAAAUUUACCUGAUAUUGAAGCCAUCACCUUUUACAUGUCCACUUUCUACAAGACAAUAUAUCCAAUGUUCCCAUAUUUGAAUGUUACGCAAUUUGAGGGUAUUUUGGAUAUAAUCCUCGUUAGGAAUGGCUCUCGAUAUCGUAUUAAUCUAGGUUCAAGUUCACUUCGGAUAAAGUUAGAAAUGUUAUGUAUAAUGAUGGCAGCACUACUCUUGACAUAUACGUCACUCACUAUAAAAAUUGAUGACAGUACUGUGAUCCCUGCUACUUACGAUAUAUUUGAGAAAAACAGAGUCACGGAAAAUGUCUUGGUGUGUUGUGAAAGAUGCCUAUGCCUUUUAAACUCUUCCCUGUUUACGAACGAGAAUGUAUUGUGCUGUUUAUUAUAUUUGAAGGUAAUAGAAAACUUACGGCCAGAAAUCGGAGAUAUGGUGAUAUCACAAGAGCUUAUAAUCACAUUGAGUUCCAUUAGCGAAAUGAGCUUGGUAAUUGGGCUUCAUAAGGAUCCUGGUUUUUAUGUUCAAUUAAAGGAUUCGAGAAUUAUAGAUCGUUCAAUCCAGAAUUAUCGUCGAAAGAUGUGGUUAAAUGUAGUUGCCUUCACCUCUCAUAUGCUUUUGACUAACGGUAGUGAUGGUAGAAUAACUCUGGAUCACUUAAUAUGUUUUGACAAAACCAGAAAUGGAAACUACUUAUCUAUUGUUAAGGAACAAAUGACACAAGCCGACACGUUCGAUUUUAUUCACCAUGAUAUUUUGUAUAAGCAAUAUCAAGUGACAGUAUCUCUGAGUGAGCUGGUGAGUGAAUCGUCGCAUCUUUACAAAACUACUACUAUCAGAAGACUUCUGGAACUUCAUAGGAGGAGCAAAACAAUACUUGAAUCUAAUUUCCCGCUUUCCUCUUUGAAGAACAACGAUGUUAAUGUCAAUACUACUACAGAGAAUGAUGAAUACUAUAAGACUAAAAUCACUGGCCUCCGACCUGAACUUGGGGUUAUAUCAUAUAAUUCAGACUAUGUUCGCAAAUGGAAGACGUUUGAGGUUCAUAUAAUGGCAAGAAUUGUGUACCUAAAUAUAUGUUGGGGCGUGUGCAAUUUCUUUGAAACCCAAGAGAGAGACACUAUACCAAGAUAUAUGAAGCUAUUUGAAUUGUAUCUAAUCGAAUCGCAUACAGAAUGUUUCGAGCUCGCUAAAUUGGCUAUAAACUAUAUGACAGAAGAAUAUGAUCCAGGUAUUGCAAAAAACUUCCAUUACAGCUCGGAUAUGUCAGUUGUAACACUAUUGGUAAGGUUAUAUUUAUUCCUUACCAGUAGCAUUCUCCGCUGUCAAAAGGCCGAAGAUCAUCUUACUAUUUCACCAACAUCCUCAUCUCCGGAUAUUCUCAAAGUGCGACAAGCUAAAGAUAUCAUGCUAAAACUCUUACGCAAUCUGGUGAGAAUCAGCAACAAACGUCUGGCACAUAUAUAUCUGACUUGCCAAAAGGCAAAUUGUCUCUUUGAAUAUAUCAUUCAUGUCAUAGAUAUCGGUAAACUCUCUGAGCUAUCGGAGAGAUUCUGGAACUACUAUCUCGAGGCUAAAUCUAUUCCACAGACAAUCAGCAACAACGUUUUAUUCAAAUGGGGUCUAGACGUUGAAGAAUCCAAAGACCUCAAGCAAUAUCUAAACAAAAUCAAUGCCUACAACUCUCUUGACGACGGUUUCUAUGACCGGAUCCAUGAAGCCGCAUUGAAGAUAUCUACUCCGAAAGAAGAUGCAUCUUCCACUGCCCAACAAUCGGACGAACAGAUAUUUACAAACCCAAAUGCGGAGGAUAUUCUUGACUUCUUUGAUACAUUCAGCAUGAACUCAUUCGAGGGUGCUAGUGUUAUAUAUCCAAGUUUAUAG